UUAAGGCAGCAAAACCAACAUUUUUAGUCUAAUUUGACUGGGCUAAUUAAUAUAUGACCUAGAAAAGUUAACACAAAAUACGAACUUUGAUGUGGGUAACAUUGUUAUCUGACUGUGAAAAAACUAAUACGAUUAUACUUUAUUAAACCAGUUUCCACUAUUUUAGUCUUAACCUAACACGGUGGCGUGAAUUUUAAAUCCUGGGGUGACUUUGAAACUUCAUGUCUAACAUAAUUAAUUCAGUACAUACUAUGGCAAAUUUAAUCAGAAACUUUUGCCAUGUUGCAGAUGGCAGCAACGAUAUAUAUAUGUAAAUGUAUAUAUGAUCUCUUUUGUGCUGGCAUUGAGUUUCACGUGUCCUAGUUUCAUUUUUGUGUAACUCAUCUGGUAACUGACAACACUUGUCACGGGGAUGGUUCGCGGGGCGUCUGGAAGGACACAUCGGACAGAACAGAGACAAAUUAGCAUCGUGGAGUUAGGAAUCGUCAGUAGACGUCACACUUUCACGUAGUUCAAGCAUAUAUCGAAAUAAGACAAUAUGGGGAAACUCUCGCCAUUCAGCAUUGACGAAGCGCGAGAAAAUUUACUGCAGUGCUUUCAAGCUAUUUUUACAAUCCACGCUGCUAUAUGUCACUAAUGUAACUAGUUUUAAGCACUAAAAAAACAUUGUACCAAAACUAAAGCACACUCCACGAGGCCACUUGCUUCCCGUAUUUAUUACAAAGAUAAAUUUCCCAUGCCAGUUUGCAAAUGUGUAAGUACCUAUAUCUUUCAUACAAACUUGACAAAGUGUGUUUCAUGUAUUUAUUAACAUUAAUAUGUAUGUAUUUAUGACGUGUCUUAACGAAAUCAAACAGUUGACUUAAAAACAAUUAAAUAAACAAAAAUUAUAAAAUGUCCGUUUUUUCUUUUCUCAAGCAAAAUCAUUUCUUAAAAAUUCUAAGUGUAAACGUUGGAGCACUGAAAUUCUACCAUUUCCUAAAAUUUUAGUGUGAGGAACAAUGUUAAUUUCCAACAAUUCCAUUAUAAAGAAUACUAUCUUUAAUAAAAAAAAAUUAUACAGUAUGCCAGUAAAUAAUGUCCCAGUUACACGUUUAACAGAAUCAACUGUAAGCGUUGCAGUGUGUUGGUUCAAGGUCACAAUUAAAGAGUAACUCAAGCAGUUUUAUAUAAGUGCAUGCGCGAGUACUGCUUUUGUUUUGGUUAUCUCGCUUGCAGCGCCACCUACGCAAAAUGGCGGCCUCUGAUUUAAGGAGUGAAUAUGAAAUUUCAGUUCAUGUGGGGAAAAAAAAAGGUCCGUAGAUGGUAUAAAUUCGCUGGCCUGCUCCUUUCCUUUGGGGGCUUUAUAAAAGAUCGUGUCUACGUUCCGCCGCUACCUAAUGAUUUGCCAGAGUUGAGACAUAAUCUGCUCGUGUAGUGUUGAUGCAAGUGCGGAAAGAGUUGGACUGGAGGUUGGAAUUCUAGAUGUUUCACGGAAAGCCACGUGUGGGACCCCUGGGAGGGCUCGGGAGGGCUCGGGAGGGCAGGGCUGCGACACGUAAUGCAUGCCAAAUUGCAUCCCGCAUGAUUGUGCCCAGGGUUUUCCCUGUGUCUAUGCAGGUUUUACCUGGGCCCAACCUAUCUCUAGUUAUAGUCUAGAUUUAAGAGCGAGGGGAGUUGGUCAUGGCGCCAAUCGCUGCUAUGGCUGGCCAAUCCCCUCCUAGCACAUGAUGCAUGUGACCCUCUCCCUGCAUGGCUAAUCCCAUCAUGACUAGGCGUAUAGACUUCGGCCUGAGACGCACCUAGGUCCCUCCCUAACCCGGAACCGUCCAAAAUACACUUGGCUUUAGCUUUGAAUAUAUAUACUGUAUAGAAGUCGCGAGUGGAUAGGAUUUACUCUACGUUUUUCAGAAGCGUACGAGAGCAGCUUGGGAACUUCACCGCUGCAGUGCGCUGCCGUAACGCCCUGUAUCGUCUUAGUUGUUAUUUACACGUUAGAGCGCAGCCCUGUCGCCCGCUGUCAUUCCCCGCACCCCCCCCCCCCCCCCACCUAUCAUUCACUGCAGCUCAAGUUCGUUCAACGGGAGGGGGAACGGGUGUUUGAAGAGUUCGACACUUGUCCGCUAGGGACCACCACAAGUCGAUGCCCUAGAGAUGGUGGCGAUUGCGGCGGUGAAUUAACCAACUACCUCAAAACCGUAUUAGAAAUUUUAACCUGGGCUGGCGACUUCUAUACAGUAUAUAUAUUCAAAGGCUUUAGUUAGGUUAGGAAAAAAAAAAUCAAUCGCCGGACGCGGCUGUUUCAGCGAGCCCCCGCGCGAAGAUGGCGGCCGCCACGAGCCGCUUGAUGGGCGCCGAGCUGCAGCUGCUGGAGUUCGUGCGCGACGUGUACGGCGAGCUGCAGAAGGACGUGCAGGUGGCCAGCGAGGCGGCGGAGCGCCAGGAGACGCAGUACAGCGAGAAGCUGCGCGCCGACAUGUCCUACGCCUGCGACGUGCUGCGCCCGCUGCUGGAGGGCACGGCGUUCAGCCGCUCCGCCGAGGAGGAGAAGGACCCCGUGCUGCUCCAGGCUGAAAAAGAAGCGAAAGAAUCAGCCACAGCCCGUAAGCCUCGCCCCCAGCCUGCUCAGUGUUCAAAAAAAAUGACCGAGUAUGAAGAUUUGAGCAUAAAGGAUUUGGCAUACUUAGUACUGGACGAUGCAUUUCCAGCUAAUGGGAGCGAUACAGAUAUAACCAAAAAGAAAAAAGAAGAUCCUUGCGAAGCUCAAAAAAAGGAGCCUGCACGUCCCAAACAGGACUCUGGGAAAGCUCCGCCAACAGCAGUUGGACCCAAAAGUCCAGCAGAGCAGAAUGAGUCCUCGUCAGUGAAAAGCACGUCGUCCACAGUGGUGAAUGUAUCGCUCAACACCAACGGAGUCAACGUGCACGUGACGACAGAGAUAAGGGAGGGACCAAUGCCGCCUAGUAGUGCACAAGCAAACCCGGCCUCAGAAGCAUGUAAUCCUCCUAAAAGACCACCUGUGAAUUCUUGUGACUCGAAUAAAAAGCCAGUCUGUUCCUGCAGCGUGAAACCCAAACCGGAAGUCGCACCGACUGUGCCGGCCCCCGACCCCGACCCCCAGCCUCUAAAAGCUGCACCCACUGCUGAUACCCAGUGCAUAGGAUCGCUGAACCGAAGAAGCCCAGCGAACGGCGCUGGCACGACCAAGGUCGCCACACAGAAUAGAAUAACCGUGCCUGAAACUGGCUUGCGGACGAACGGCGCUCAAGGCUGCUGCAAGCCAAGCACCGGGAAGAAAAAUGGCACCAACGUGCGCACGACGAUCAGCGAAACUGAGACCACGGUGACGACGAUCUUCAUUCCGAAGGGCAACACUGCCGGAGCGCCGCCGCUGAAGCAAGAUCGCGAUCGGCAGCGAUGCGACGACCCAGCGAAGGCGAGUGCGCAGGUGUCGGGCCUGGGGAGCGCGUGCGGGCCGAACAAGGCCGAAGCCGGACUCCCGGACCAGACCAAGAACGGGACGAAGAAGGUGAAGUACGUGAUGCACCAGGCGCCAAGCCCCACCGGCUCGCACCCGACACUCAACAAGGGGCAGGAGUUCGUGCACGGCUUCGUCCCCAGACCCCCGGGCUCUGGGCUCCAAGACGACCCCACGGAGACCGUCCUCAGCAGGAUCCAACCGGGGAACAUCACGGACGAAUGGGAUGCUGCUCAGAAACACCUCAAGGAAUGCAAGAGCUGUUCUCGCUUCCUGAAUCCUCUGCUCCGGAAAGUUGGAAUGAACCUGGUGAGUCUGCCGUGCGGCAACGGCAACGGCAGCGGACAACCGGCGCAGGUGGUUCCGGCGGCCAUCGAGCCGGCCAGAGCGACGGGCGGCUGCGGGGUGAACGGAGGGAACGGAGGGAACGGAGGCGCGGCUUCGCGCGGCGCGGGGAAGGGCGGCCUGACGCGGGUCACCACCACCACGACGACGAGCAAGACGAUCACGACGACCAAGGCCAACUGCGGCGCGCCGGGCUCGUCCGCGGCGAGCGCCCUCCAGGUUCCCCCGGGGAGGCGGCCGGACGCCAGCAACCAGGCAGCCCCGGGUCCCCCGGGUCCCCCGGGUCCCCCCGCCCAGCCCGCCGGCGCGCGACAGGGGGACCGACCGAAAUGCUGCCCGCCAUGCGAUGCCAAGAGACGCGCGCAGCAGCAGAUGCAGCAGCCACCGGCUAUGCCUCCAAAUGGACCCCCGGCCGAGACUCCUGAGCAGGCCGAAGAAGAUAAGUGCUGCUGUCCAAGAGCAGUUCCAAUCCAGUUCCCCUUCAUGAGACAGAUGCCACCUCCUCCGUGUCCACCACAGGAGUGCGACGGGCUCAGGCUUCAACUCACCCAGCAGCAGAAGCCGUUCCCAGAAAAGCCUCCAUGCUUACCCACAUCAGAACAGCAGAAGCCGCCCUACGCGUGUCCGGAUGAGUCCCAGACACCAACUACACCCCAGCCUGCCAUCACGGGGUUGUGCGACGCCCGGCAGCCAGGGGGACAGAGACGUGUGGAGACUGGAGUACAGGGUGCAGAGAACAGCCAAGUGAGUCAACAGGGAAGGAUGUCCCCAGAACAACAGCAACUUUCUGAUUGCUGCAUGGAUGAUACCACACAACCUCCAGGGGUAGCGCAGCAGGAAGGAGGCAGAACACAGCAGUCCUCGCAGUCCCAAAGAUCUAGCAAUAGAGUGCAGGUGACAGUCACGUCCACACAGGAAGAAGAAACGUUCACGAUACGAGGCCCAAGGGAACUCGUCAAUCAGCAUCCACUAUCAAAAAUUGCACAAGGCCAGAUGUCUCCAGAAGGAGUGCAGGGAAACUCAGGACAACCAAUGACAUCUGGAGCACAGAAGAGUUCUUUCGAGCCACCAUUGCAAGACUGUGGGGGACCUCAACAGGGUCAAGACCAGCAGCAGAUACCACCUGUGCAGCCUCAGAACGGAGACCUACCGCCUAUGUUUGGAUAUAGGGGGAUUAAUGGCUCGCAAAGUCCUGCUGCUCAGGCUCCAGGAAGAGGAGCAGAGAUGACUUGCCAGGAUCCUGGAGCUCAGCCUGUGUCAGGAAUGCCUCAGCAACAGGAGCCUGAGCCGAAGUUCUGGUGUUGCGAGGACUGCAACUGUUUCAUGACGGCGGAUGACUGGCCACAGCAAGAGUCUCAACCAGAAGGGUCUAUUCCGGCUGAUAGCGCACCACCAGGCCUGCAGAUCCCGAGCCAGCCAGGGGAGUAUGCUGUAUCGCCAGAACCAUCUGAUCAAGAUUGCGUGCUGGAGCCGUUCGAGGACAAGUUCCAAUUCACGGACGAACAGCUCGAGAAGGUGUUCCCCGAAAAGAUGCAGCCUGAGGAGCCUGAGUUUCCUUGGGCAGCCGUUGCGGCCGAGUCUGCCGAGGCAGCCGGGACGGCCGGGACGGCCGGAGUGGCCGGGACGGCUGGAGCGGCCGGGUCUGCCUGGUCUGCCGAGGCAGCCGGGACGGCCGGAGCGACCGGGGCAGUUGGGAUGUCCGGGGCGGCCGGUGCGGAAGACGGCGAAUCGUGCACGAUGGAGACAAGGGUGGACAAAGUCGUGUCUCGACGAGAGCUCAGCAUGGUCGGCAACGUCAAGACCAGCAGCCUCUCCGAGCUGUCGCAGUUGGCAGAAUACCAGGACGAAGAACUGAUAGCAAAGUUCCGUGAAUUGUGCGAUACCAAUGAUUUUGAGUUCUUCCAGUGCACGUGCGAGACUCAGGACACGACUGUGCAGACGUUCCGCUUCAAGAAAGGCGUGGGUGGGGACGCUCAGUUUUCGGGAACGGACACGGAGGCACAGGGAACAUCCGUCGAUGAACAUGAAAGCUGUCACUUACUGUGCUGGGACAGGAAGCAAGACCCUCAAUUGUCGUGCCCCCCUAAACCGUUGACGAAAGAGGAAUCCUCGUGUAUGGUUCUCUGCUGGGGCGACCCGCCUACGGACACCGCCUCGGGGGUCACUUCCGACGAUGGCUGUGCAGAUUUCAGCGAUGGGGGCCAGGACUUGGCGCCCAGCUGCCAGCUCCUGUGCUGGGAAGUGGCGGGGCGGGAGGGUCGCAAGCCGCGCAGGUGCCGCUCGCUGGCAAGCGUGGCCAGCUCGUGCGCGGUGCUGUGCUGGGCAGACCUGCCUUCGCGCGAGCCCUCGGACGUGGCCUGCGGCCUGCUGUGCUGGAAGGCCAACAUGACCAAGGUCAGGAAGACGCUCAGCCCCUUGCCGUCGCUGGCGAGCGUGGCGACGUGCGACGUCUUCUGCUGGUCCGAGGAUCCAGAACUUGCUAGAAAACUGGACUGUUCAGGAGUGAAGCCAGCAAAGACGCCUACAAGUGAAGGAGAAUUAACUGCUGAUGAUAUUUGUAGAGGUGUUGUACACGGCAUUAUUUCUAGCUUAGCGGGUUCACCAGAGGAAGACGUACGGGACAUAAUUUAUCAGCUGAUAACAGAUAUCACAGGAGGCCGUGAAGCAGAAGUUAAAAAACCAACCCAUGAUGAUUCCAAUAAUGUUAUCGAAAACACUGUGGAAAACGUUAAUGGAGAUGGCAAUGGUGGAGGUGACGAAAAUAGCUCGGACAACAAUCAAAACGGUAACUCUGAAACACAACCAGCAAAUGAAGAUGAUGAGUCAGUGAAUGUAUACCACGUUAUGCGAGUUGACGUUUUAGCAGGCCCUGAACAUAAUUCCCUCAUGCUUUCACCAGCACCGUUACAUUUUAAAAAAUCUCCUGGAAAAGAACCUUUAAAGCAGCAGGAUGCUAAUCCAUGCGAGGAAAACUACAAAGAGGAACUCGCAAAUGAUGUCCUGCGAAAAAUCCACAGCAAAAUUAUGGCGUUCCACGAACCAGUUAUAAAGACAAUGGAGGCACCACCAGGUAGAGUGGCAAAAAGUGAUGAUACCAUAAUAGCAGAAAUUAUAACUGCACUGCAGCAGUUGGCGGGAAACAAAUUAGAAGAGCCUAGAGAACAGAGAGACACAGAGAAAACAAGUAAAGAAAAUGUAGAUUGUAAAUUGGAAUCUAAACACCAAGAGCCUGCAGACGAAAGAAAGGUUGCAGUGAAGCCAACGUUGCGCAAGCAAGUACAAUUAAAAAAAAGUGUGCAAUUUUUGCAAUCUAAUAUGUUUGACAUAACAACAUUUGAAAUGAAGCAAAAUUACUCGACACAGCAAGACAUUUCUGCUCCAGUUGGCGUGGAAAUGAAUAGUAAACAGGAAGUUCAGAAGUCCGCAGCAAAGGUGUUGAUGUUGAUGGAGCCAGUCAGAAGGAUACAGACGACAAGUAGCAAAUAUGAAGCAGGGUCACUGGAUUUCAUAUCAACCAAUGUGACAACAUCGACUGGAGAACUUGCUUGGGAGGACAAGCCGAUUAGUCAGUGUUAUAAAACAGCUCUGGAAGAAAACGAAGCAGGAAAUUUUGAACUGGAGAAUGUGUGCUUGGAUUCUACGUCCAAGGAUAAGGUGCUUGUUCGUAACAGAGCUCAAAAGAAGAGGCAUAAGUGCAGCAAGACGCAAGAAACGAGAUCAAAGAACAUAGCAAGCACCAAAGAUAGUGGUAGUUCAAUUUCCUUUCAUCGGAGCCGUAAACAACUUCCUCUGCUAGACGAUGCUGGACUACAUUUUUGUUUGCAUACCAGGAAAGAUGUGCGCCAUCGCUGCAGUAAAUCAAAAUUUUCUGACUCUGACACACUGAGUUCGGAGUCCAAAUCCUCUGGAUGUGGAAUACUUUGCUGGAAUAACUGCAAGCAUGCACAGUUGCUGGAACAUCAGGGCUCCAAAGCAGCUCCGACAGAAAAGACUUUCCCGUUAAGAAAAAAGAAGCCAAGAAAGGAAUUGUCAUCACUGCAGAAUUGUGAUCGACAGAAAUGUGGACAUGUACCUAAAGAUGCCAGCAACAUGGAACCACCGUGCAAAACAGUAAACGCAGCAGCCGCAUCCGUGCUGCCAGUCGGUGCACAAGAGUGUAAUCAUCUUGCAGGAAAUGAUCCUGAUGAGAAAGCAGAGGAGAGUGCGAAGCGCGAGGUGCCGCGGACCUUGCCCACCGGCCUCAACAUCCUCCUGCCAAUCGGCAACAGCAACCUCCUGCUCGGCUGGGACAAGCUGACCGCUCAGGACAGCCAUGUCGCCGGUUUCGAAGUUCACGUGAACAACAGGUUCCACCAGAAGAUCCACUCGUCGAAGCGUAACCGGACACUGCUGGAGAGGCUGGACCUCUCCAAGAAGUUGAAGAUCAGUAUGCACGCAGUGAGCAAGGAGGGCAAGGCGUUGGGCACCCCGGCGCGCAUCAUCUACCAGCCGUGAGGCCCUGCCCGCCCGCAGCAAAUGCCCCGCUCGCGCUAACUGUGCAUCGCAACUGUCUCGCAAACUGCCUUCGUCACAACCCUGAUUUGCUUGUCCUGGGAACACCCUCUGAUUUCAAAAUAAAUGAGUUAUUCAACUAA